ACUCGUAGCACACCACCACCCACUCGACCGAGCCCUCCUGGUACACCGCCGAUCACAACCACGCAAUAUGAGCCUACAAGGACACCAGCAACAACUACGUAUCCCACACCUUCGCCCACUCGCAGCACACCACCGGUCACAACCACACCAUACGUGACUACACGGACACCGGGAACAAGUCCCACGUAUCCUACAGUUCCACCAACUCGCACCAAUCCUCCGACACCACCGGUCACAACCACACCAUACGUGACUACACGGACACCGGGAACAAGUCCCACGUAUCCUACAGUUCCACCAACUCGCACCAAUCCUCCGGUCACAACCACCCCGUACGGGCCUACAAGGACACCGGUGCGAACUACCACAGAUCCCGAUCUGCCUCCAGUCGUUCCUGACUUGCCAACCAAUGAGGAUGUGCAGGUGAAGUACAUAAUGCAGUCCGACACUUGCGCAGCUACACUGGAUACAAUGGUAACCGACAAUCGCAACAGAAGGAACACUCAGUUGUUCAGAAAAGCAGCUAGAGCUCUCCGAACUCUGAAUCGGAUCAACUUCCGUAGAGCAGCACUGCAGCAGCUAUCAAGAAAUGUGCGGCGCCUGAACAGUGCUAGUGCUCGCUAUCGGACAAGCUGCCAGCGCAGGACGACCGAGGUUCGCAACUACGACCAGCUCGACACUGCAGUGAGAUUUUUUGUACUUCCGCGCCGCUUCCAAGAGCUCAACUGCGUAACAGAGUCAAGAGUGCGUCGCACGAUUUCAACGUGCAAGCAAUUU